CCCACCUUCUUUGUCUUUCCACCCAUUAAAUUGCUUGCCUACAUGGUUCUUUCUGCUCCCAUAAACCUUCAUGCGGAAUAUUCGCUUGCGUGGUGUAAUACGGCGGUUAUCCUACUACUCUCGCUGGUUUUCACAAUUCAGGUGUUUGGUUCGACCGUUCGGAAGGCAGCAGCUAGUGCUCAAUCAGAAAUUGCUACUAUGUGUGAGAUGGUCGAUACCACCGCUAAAAGCCUAACCACCGCUCCCUCUGCAUUGCUGUAUAUGCUAAACAAUGAAGCUGAAACCUCAGUUUUGUUUGCUCUCAAUUCCACUCGACAAGGUCUCUUGAAUGCCAUUGAUGGCGUCGACGCUCUGCUGACAUGGUUUGUCGAUACUUAUAAAUCCACUUACGUCUGCCUUUUGACGUUAGCUGUCGAUAGCUCCAUUGACGUAGUUUCUGACGUCGCCAAUACGUUUGAAACCACUGUUCAGUCCAUUCUCUCUGGAGGGACGGUUGGGGUCAACAACGUCGUUAAUUCUGUCGAACAUACUGUUUUUGGAAACGAUACAUCCCAAAACAGUACUGUCUCAUGGCCUAAUAUAACUUCAAAUUGGACAUCCUCUCUCAAUGCUUUGGAUGCCAAGAUUCACAACUGGACUCUUGACAGUGUAGUCAGCUCUGUGAUCUCUGAACCACUACAGGAUUUAAAGACCACGGUUAACCAGUCACUAUUUAACGCAAUGCAAACCUACAAUUUCACUCCGAGUAAAAGCGUACAAAUUAUCCCAGUCAUACCAUGUAAUGCCACCGUCCUUCAGCAAGAUAUACAAGAUGUGGCUAACAAGCUUUUAGGCGUGUCUGGUACACUGACUUAUAUACUUAUCGCUCUCAUGCUGGUCAUGACUCUUGUGAAUAUGGGCUACCGACAUGUUGUGAACAAUUGGCGGAAUAGUAUGGCACGAUCGUUUGUAACAACGUCUGAUCAUUUGAACCAUGCGGAUGCUAUGCUUAUAUUUCGUGCUGGUCACAAGCCUUUCAUGUGGUACAUUAUGUCUCUCCUUGGAAUCAGUCCUCUCCGGUCUAGACGCUCCAUGGCAUUGACUUGGCUAAUGGAUUAUGUGUCAGAACCUGCAGCUCUCUUUGCUCUAGCAUAUGGUUUAUCUGGCUUAGUCUUCACGACGCUUGCCAUAAACCUGAUUAAUGUGAUACGAAACGAAGCCAUCAAUGCGUUUUACACAUCCAUGAUUAACCUGGUCAACAAUUCGUUUCACAAUAUAAGCGCCACUUUGAUCACUGUUGCGAACUCCACUGUAACCGACACCAACCUAGCUAUUGAUACCUUGGAAUAUUCCGUGAAUCACGAUGCCCUGGGUUGGAUCAACACAACCACCGCAGUUCUGAACUCUACCUUGAAUCAAGUCUCUUCUGAUAUUACUGGUGUGGUGACUGAUAUUUUCGGAGGCACUGUGCUUGAAAAUGCCGCUCAAGGCCUGAUCAAUUGCUUGGUUUUGAACAAGAUACAAUCCAUAGAAACUGGUUUCACAUGGUUGAACAACGUCUCGCAUAUCCAAUUACCAAGGGUUUCCGAAACCGUUGUGACAAACGCAGGAUUGGUUCCUAACAUGACCAUCGCUGCUUUGCUGACACCUGUGAUAGGAAAUGAGAUGGAUCACAAUACCACUCUGGAUCGUAUGCUAGACCAAUGCAUCAGUAGCUUGCAAGAGAAGUUGCCAUUCUACUGGGUGUUGGUCUCCAUGUGGUUAUUUAUUCUGUUCAUCGGGUGCUGUGUCUGCCUAUCUCAAAACUGUAUCCGUACCAAACAAGAGGCCCCAUCCGCUAGUCGUCCAUCUGUCUGGCUGUAUCGCCGAAAAGUCAGGUCUGCCACUCAUUCGUCUGCUACCAAAAGCUCUCCUGCAAAGCCGAUACGCAUCUUGACCAAAGCCAUGAUACGUAAAAGUCACCACCCAAAGCCAUAUUCCAGGUUCAGCUCUUCGCUAAGCGACGACAAUCAUAUCCUGAUGCAUGAACUAUAGGUAUGCCGCUGCAAAAAGGGUAUUGAAUAGUCUUUCUGAACCUUCUCGAGACAUUGUUAUCAUCAACAUGCUUUUUGUUUGUAUACACACUUUUUAUUAUGAUUAUAUAAUUUUACGAGAUAUAUACAUUUCUAAAACGAUAGACGACACUUUAACGUUGUAAGUGAGGAAACCUGGUGGAAGAAGCGGGUUGGGUUAGAAUAUGAAAGUAGAGUGGUAUGGUAGGAAGGAGGGGGGAAAAAGCACAAAAUCAGAAAUAAAAGGCAAUAUAUGUUUGUCUACAUCUUGUAUCCAGAACAGGUCUGAUAUUUUGUUCAUCAUUUGAAAUGCGUGCAGUGAAAGGGGAAUAAGGGAUGGCAUUGAUAAUAUAGAGUACUUACGUUGAGGAAAGAG